GUUUGUUUUUUAUGAUCGUCCGCGUGACUGUAUUUUUUCUGUUUGUGUCGAAUUCAGUCUCCUGUGUCAAUAAGGAUAUUCACACAGUUGGCUGCGGACCGCGUUUAUCUGCUGGAAGCAAGGUUAUAUUACACCACGGUCGCUGUAGGAGUUUGUGACAAUACAAGGGACGGUGAUCGAGACAUAGCCCAGAAUCUAAGGAAUAUCUAGGCACCUCGCUUCUUUUUAAGAAAAAAUACACGGACCUACCGGAUUGCUUACGAAGCAUUGAUGCGGUGACGAUUGCGAAAACACCGAACUUGAUCAUGACGGACCCCAAAGACGUUCUCAAUCAUAACACAAACUCAUCGGAGGCGAUUAAAUACAGGCCUUCGACGUCUGAAGAGAACGGCGAUGCCAUACUUUUCAAGGAUAAAAUAUCGGACCCACUUCGGGCAUCGAUGAUCUGCAAAACAUGGUGGAAACGGCGUUCUGUGAUAGAAAAAUCACUCGUCUUACUGCUUGGAGGGACAGUUUGUCUUUGUAUCAUUCUCAUACUACUUUUAGCUACAAAGCAAGGAGGCAAAGAUUCUUCAAAUACGUAUACAGGAAACACAUGUAUAUCAACGAGUUGCGUUCAUACAGCAUCUUCCCUCAUCAGUAAAAUGGACACCAGCGUUGAGCCUUGUCAGGAUUUUUUUCAAUACGCCUGUGGGAAAUGGACCAAGGACCAUUACAUACCCGAGGACCAAUCAGUCUAUGAUAUAUUUACAGAAAUGAGAGACAAAGUUGAGUUGAUAAAUAAGCGACUUUUAGAGGCAGAGACGAAGACCACUGAGCCUGAAUUUAUAACAAAGGCGAAACUAUUCUAUAACUCCUGUCUUGAUGAAGAAACAAUUAACAAACAAGGAGCUGUCCCAUUACUCGAAAUUAUCUCAGACGUUGGAGGAUGGCCUGUCAUGGGAAACGGUGAAUGGAAUGAGGAUAGUUGGGACUUGGUCACGACGCUUGGUAAACUACGCACGAACUACGAAACCAGGUCCUUCAUCGAUAUGUGGAUCUCCGCCGACGACAAAGAUUCAGAUACGAACAUAAUAUACGUAGAUCAACCAGACCUCGGCAUGCCAAGUAGAGAUUAUUUCUUAAAGAACAACACUGGCAAGUACGUGACCGCUUACUUGGACUAUAUGGUGCAGAUUGCGACUAAACUUAGGCCCGAUGGUGACGCGGCGGAGGCCAGGCGGCAAAUGCAAGAGGUGCUAGCGUUUGAAACGAAGAUUGCAGAAUUUAGUGUACCAAAAGCAGAAAGACGAGACAUGAAGACACUGUACAACAAAAUGACGAUCCGUGAGCUAAGCCAACUCGUACCACAGUUUGACUGGUUGUUAUUCCUGAAUAUGGCGACACCGGCGUCUGUAUUGGAUGAAUAUGAAUACAUCGUUAACUAUUCACCGGCCUACCUCAUUGCAGCUGGUCGUCUCAUAGUAUCAGAACCGAAAAGAGUAAUAGCCAAUUACAUGGUUUGGGACUUAGUGAUGAAGAACAUAGCGUAUCUCAGUGAAGACUUCCGUAUGAUUAGGCAAAGCUUCCGCAAAGUCAUCUACGGAGAGAAGCUUGAGCGGAUUCGUUGGCGCCAGUGUGUCAGCCAGACCACCUACGGACUCGGCAUGGCGGUAGGGGCUCUGUUUAUCGAAGACAGCUUUGACGAAGAGAGCAAGGAAACGGCAUUGGAGAUGAUCACUGAUAUCAGAGAAUCAUUCAGUACCAUGCUGCAGAAUUUGGAUUGGAUGGAUGGUGAGACGAAGAUUGUUGCUCAAGAAAAGGCUGACGCAAUUAUUGAACGUAUUGGUUACCCUGACUAUUUGCUUAACAGGCAGAUGAUGAACGAACAGUACAGACCGGUUACCAUACAUCCUUCUGACUAUUUUGGGAAUAUUUUAAAUAUCUAUAAAUGGCAAGCGUACGAGUCCUUGUCUACUCUCCGGUUACCAGUCGACAAACACGAAUGGAAAACAACGCCCGCUACAGUCAAUGCGUUUUAUAAUCCUUCCAGGAACGAGAUAGUAUUUCCGGCUGGUAUAUUGCAGCCUCCAUUCUAUAGCAGUAAGUUUCCAAAGUCAAUGAAUUAUGGCGGAAUUGGUAUGGUCAUCGGACAUGAAAUAACCCACGGUUUCGACGACAGAGGACGUCAGUUCGACAAAGAUGGUAACUGGCAUCAGUGGUGGACCAACAGCUCAGUGGAAAACUUCAAGAAAAAAGCGCAAUGCAUUGUUGACCAGUAUUCAAAUUACUCUGUACCGGAAAUCAACAUGAACGUGAAUGGAAUUCAGACACAAGGUGAAAAUAUUGCUGAUAAUGGAGGUAUCAAGGAAGCGUUUUUGGCAUACAGGAAGUGGGUAGAACGAAACGGCAAAGAAGAGGACCCCUUACCUGGCAUUGAUUUGACGCACAACCAACUGUUCUUCGUUAAUUUUGGACAGCUCUGGUGCGGCCUUGCCACAAAUGAUUACAUGGUCAAUUUUGUGUCCUCAGCUUGGCAUAGUCCACGAUUGUUCAGGGUGUUCGGACCAGUGUCAAACUCACCAGAGUUCGCAGAAGCCUUCGGAUGUCGGAAAAACACACCGAUGAACCCAGAAAAGAAGUGUUCUGUUUGGUAA